UUAAAAAAUCUAGUUUCUACUAAUAUUAGAUGCUUUGCUUCAUGCGUUGGUUAUAUAUUCCCCCACCCAUACAAAAAACAAAAAUAUAAGACUAUGAACCUAUAUACCGAACUUCACACUUUCUUUAUGCUGAAUAUCAAAACCAACCCAAAAUUGCAAGAAUCCAAAACCCUGGUUUACUCUGAUUAUGAUAUGAAAAACAGUUGGACUAGACUCGGGUGGAUAUUUUACUACCAACCUCAACAUCUCUAGUUGUGGAUCCAAUGCAAUUAAUUUAUAAUGGUCAUAAGGCAUAAGGUGAUUAUGAUAUUGUUGAAUUUGACCAAUGGAAACAGCAAAUGGGUACGCAAGGAAAAAACCUGAACGCACGAAGCGAUGUCGCUUUCGAAGUGGCACUUCUUUUAGAUCCUCUAGCAAUAUUUUGUUUUGGCAUGAACAAUGUUGGCUCAUUACCAUUCACACCUCGUUAGUGUUUAUUGUGGACCAAGUUUUUAUCCAGAAUUUUCCUUGUUUUUUCCCUUACAACUGGUGGAAAUCCAAAACUUUAAAAUUGGUACCACUUUGAUUUUUUCAGAGUUUUAUAUGAUUUUCUUGGAAGAGUCUAACAACUUGCAUAUUUGAAAGAGAAAUAAGCGGUUUUGAAACAUAUGUGACCGUUUAUAAUGGUGCACUAUCCUAGCUAGUAUGAUCAGUUGAGAACAUAAAUGUAUAUUAAGUCAUGAAUAUCAUUGUUAUUAUUAUUGAUAUUUUGGAUGACCCAAGUUAAGCAUUGUGCUGGAGAUCCAGGAUACAAAUAUCGACUUAAACCACUCGACUAACAUGAUCUCAAGCCCUAUUUUUCUAAAGUACAUGUGAUUGUUAUAGAGUUGUAGAUGUGGACAUAUGGUCAUACAUUACAAUAAUAAUAUAGCUUUAAUUUUUUUCUCUUUGUGGAAGAGAAUAGUUGCCUUUGAAUUUUCUAAUUCAAAUAUUUUUUUCAAUGGUCUGUCACGAAGUGUGUUUAUACUAUUCAGUUAAUCGAGUACUUAAGACUAAUCAAUGUAAGAUAAUACACGUGUUUGACUGGUCACGGGGGAAAAUAUUAAAGAUACGUAUUUCUAUAUCAAUAGUACAGACAAAUAAAAGGAAUAAGAUAUGAGAUUUGAUCAUUAAUAAUAUGCUAAAAACAUUGGUCAAAGGACUAACUAAGUCAAUGAGUGCCGUCCAGAUGAGUUACAUGAGUCCCACCAUACCGUAAUCUUGUAAAUCUGUUUAAGAAUAAAUUAUCUUCAAUCAGAAAAAAUAUCUUAAUUCUGAAAAUUUCAAAGCGGUACCGAGUUAUGCUCUUUUGUAUACACUACACGUUUGUUAUAUAAAAAGCGAAUACUUCUUUCAGAUAUGUAUCUCUUGUAUAAAUCAUACCAACAAUAAUCUGUAACGUUAUUUAGAUUUACAUUAUGCGUAUUAUUUUCUGUUAAUUGUUUUUUUUUAAAUUAACUUACCAACUCUUACACGAAGUCAAAAUCUUCAGAACUGGUCAACUUAGAUGUCUCAGCUGCUCACCUAAAUUUAAUUUCAUGAAGUUUCAACCAAACCGCAUGAUUAAAAAUUCAAAAAAAAAAACUCAAAUUUUGAUAUAUUUACGUCCGAGCCAUUAAAUUCCAUAGUCUUACACAAUAUUUGUAAUUAUUAUUUUUGGCUUAAAUUGAGACUAAAGCUGUAUUUAUUGCAUCCCCAUUAAUAUAGUAUUUGAAGUUUUGAAUAUAGGUAUUGUUACCAAUUGUAUAGAUAUCCAAUUGAACUUUUUCUUUUCAAAAUUUGAAAAGUUCAUUUGAAAGUUGCUAAAAUAAGUUUUCACCUUUUAUAAAACAUUGAAAUAUUAAUAUAGUGAAAAAGAAAUUUAUGUUGAAAUAUCAGAAAUAAUGAUGGUCUUAGUCAUAUGACACUAUUUAAUCAAGAUAACAUUUUUACUCUAAUAAUUUCAAAUAUUAAAAGAAUUUGUUAUUUGUUUCGAAAGAAAAAAUUUGAAAGACUGGUAGCGUAAUAAAUACGUUAUUUUGGUCAAAAAAUAAACAUAAAAAUGAUGAUUCAAUUCAACCUUUUGUGUUUUAAUUUCGUGAGGGGAGGAGAAAAGGAAAGGAAAAGUCUAAUAAAUAGAGAAGAAGAAGGAGAAUAAACCUUGGGGCAAAUAAAUGUGUGUUCAAAGUUUUUGAGUUGGUUGGUCUUACGUGCGGGCGGGUCUGUUUUUUCAACUUCCCCUUUCCUCUUUCUCUAUAAUCCCUUCUUCCAUGAAUUUUCCAUGAAAAUCAUCUUCUUCCUUAGUAAUUUCCACACCUUGUCGAAGAAGAAGACGACGACUCCAACAAUAAAGAGCAAGAAGAAAAAGAAAAAGUAGUUGAAGACGGUGACGCGUAUGAUUAUGGCCGAAGAUGAUUCUCAGUCACUUUGCUUGGUUUAUUUCUUACUCUUCGUUUUGAUCACAGCCAUAUCAGUGGCGGGAGAUUCUCUUGACAGUGAUAGAGAAGUGUUACUAAGCCUCAAAACUUACCUUGAAUCCUGUAACCCAACGAACCGAGGAGUGUACACUGAAUGGAAAACAGAGAAGCAAGAUGUGUGUAAUCAAUGGCCUGGAAUCUCAUGUAUGCCACAGGGAAGUAGAGUCACAGGCAUCAACCUAAGCGACUCCACCAUCUCAGGUGCUCUGUUCACCAACUUCUCCGCCUUAACGCAGCUCACUUACCUCGAUUUAUCAAAGAACACGAUCGAAGGAUCAAUACCAGACGACCUUAGCCGUUGUCAAAACCUAAAGCAUCUCAAUCUUUCUCACAACAUCCUCGACGGGGAGCUCAGCAUAUCAGGACUAGCAAAUCUCGAGGUUCUUGAUCUGUCAGUGAAUAGAAUCGCUGGUGAUGUCCACUCCACUUUCCCGACGCUAUGCAACCGUUUGGUCGUUGCGAAUCUUUCGACCAAUAACUUCACUGGCAGGAUGGACGACAUAUUCGAUGGUUGUCCGCAUCUAAAGUACGUCGACUUCAGUUCCAACAGCUUCAGGGGAGAGAUAUGGCCUAGUUUUGGGAGGUUGGUCCAGUUCUCGGUUUCCGAGAAUCAUCAUCUCUCCGGGAAGAUCACACCUACAAUGUUCAGAGGGAACUGCACUCUCCAAGUGUUGGAUUUGUCUGACAACGAGUUUGUCGGUGAGUUUCCGGGACAAGUCUCGAAUUGUCAGAGCCUGGAGGUAUUGAGUCUGUGGGGAAACAACUUCACUGGGAAGGUUCCAGCUCAGAUAGGCUCUAUAUCCUCUCUCAGAGGCUUGUACUUAGGGAAUAAUAAAUUCUCUCGAGACAUACCUGAAACUCUACUGAACUUGACCAACUUGAUCUUUCUAGACUUGAGUAGAAACAGCUUUGGAGGAGAUGUACAAGAAAUAUUCGGGAGGUUUACUCAAGUGAAGUAUCUAGUCUUGCAUGAGAACUCAUACGUCGGAGGCAUAAACUCUUCUAAAAUCCUCACGUUACCUAAUCUUUCAAGGCUAGAUCUUAGCAAAAACAGCUUCUCUGGCCAGUUACCUCCCGAGAUCUCGCGGAUGCAGAGUUUGAAGUUCUUGAUUCUUGCUUAUAACAACUUCAGCGGCGAUAUACCGAAAGAGUAUGGUAACAUGCCGAAUCUUCAAGCGCUUGAUCUCUCUUUCAACAAGCUGACCGGUUCGAUACCAGCUUCGUUCGGGAAACUGACGUCUCUUCUGUGGCUUAUGCUUGCGAACAACUCUUUAUCAGGAGAAAUCCCUCGAGAGAUUGGAAACUGCUCUAGCCUUCUGUGGUUUAACGCCGCGAAUAAUCAGUUAUCUGGUGGAUUACACCCUGAGCUGACUCUAAUGGGUAGCAAUCCUUCUCCGACUUUCGAAGUGAACAAGCGAAACACCGACAACAUAAUCGCUGGCUCAGGUGAAUGCUUGGCGAUGCGGAGAUGGAUUCCUGCUGAGUUCCCUCCUUUCAACUUUGUAUACGCAAUACUUACUAAGAAGAGUUGCAGAAGCUUAUGGGACCAUGUGCUCAAAGGGUAUGGGCUAUUUCCUGUGUGCUCUCCUGGCUCAACGGUCCGCACGCUCGAUAUCUCUGCUUACCUUCAGCUCAGUGGGAACAAACUAACCGGCGAGGUUCCUGCGAAUAUCUCUCGGAUGAAGAAGCUGAGUAUGCUUCAUUUGGGGUUCAACGAGUUCCACGGGCAGCUUCCCAAGGAGAUUGGGAAGUUGCCUCUCGCGUUUCUCAACCUGACGAGAAACAACUUCUCGGGACAGAUCCCUGAGGAGAUAGAGAAUCUCAAGUGUCUGCAGAAUCUUGACCUGUCUUACAACAACUUCUCAGGAAACUUUCCGACCAGUUUGAACAACUUGUCUGAGCUGAGUAAGUUCAACAUCUCUUACAACCCUUUUAUUACCGGUGUCAUACCAUCCACGGGACAGCUCACAACCUUUGAGAAAGAAUCAUUCCUUGGGAAUCCCUUACUCCAGUUUCCAAGCUUCUUCAACCAAUCAGGUAACAACAACAACAAGACGAGGACUCAGAUUACAUACCAAAAGCUAGGACACAGGCCGGGAACUAUCCUCGUGGUUUGCAUCUCCUCCGCUCUCGCAUUGGUCUUCAUCGCUUGUGUGGUGGUUAUAAGCAUCAUCCUCAUGGUUGUCAAAAGUUCAAGACAAUCCGAAACAGAUCUCUUGGACGGUUCCAAAAUCAGACACGACAGCUCCGGGGGAUCGUCCCCCUGGCUGUCGGGAAAAAUCAAAGUCAUCCGGUUAGAUAAAUCCACGUUCACAUACACCGACAUUCUCAAAGCCACCAGUAACUUCUCCGAGGAGAGAGUAGUGGGUAAAGGAGGAUACGGGACGGUUUACAGAGGCGUGUUGCCCGACGGGAGAGAAGUCGCGGUCAAGAAGCUGCAGAGAGAAGGCACGGAAGCGGAGAAAGAGUUCAGAGCCGAGAUGGAAGUUCUAAGCGCCAAUGCGUAUGGUGACUGGGCGCAUCCUAACCUUGUGAAGCUGUACGGAUGGUGCCUGGAUGAGUCGGAGAAGAUCUUGGUGCAUGAGUACAUGGGUGGCGGGAGCUUGGAGGAGCUUAUAACAGACAAAACAAAGCUAACGUGGAAGAAACGGAUUGAUAUAGCUAAAGACGUGGCGCGUGCGUUGGUGUUUUUGCACCACGAGUGUUACCCUUCGAUUGUUCACAGAGACGUGAAGGCGAGUAACGUUCUCUUGGACAAGCACGGGAACGCGAGGGUCACGGACUUUGGACUAGCGAGGCUUUUGAACGUUGGGGAUAGCCACGUGAGCACUGUGAUCGCGGGGACUAUAGGGUAUGUAGCUCCUGAGUAUGGACAGACUUGGCAGGCUACUACCAGAGGAGAUGUUUACAGCUACGGGGUUUUGAUAAUGGAGCUCGCGACGGGGAGAAGAGCGGUUGAUGGAGGUGAAGAGUGUUUGGUUGAAUGGGCUAAACGGGUGAUGAUGGCUGGUAACGUGACGGUUAAAGGGUCGCCGUUUACUCUCUCCGGGACAAAGCCAGGGUACGGUGCUGAGGAGAUGACUGAGCUGCUGAAAGUCGGUGUGAAGUGUACUGCGGAUCAGCCUCAGGCAAGACCGAACAUGAAAGAGGUUUUGUCUAUGUUGGUUAAGAUAUCUGGUAAAGCUGAGCUGUUCAAUGGCUUGUCUUCACCACCACAAGUUUACAUAGAAAUGUAAAAUCUUUUUUUCUUCUUACAGAUUCAUACACAACAGCUUAGUUUUCAUUCUUUUUGAUUCUUGCAACACAACUACACAAGAUAGUUUUGUUUGUUAUGUACAGAGACACAUAUUGAAAUAAAAGAUCUUCUCUUCUCUUCUCUCUUGUC